GUUUUGACAGAUCUGUCUCCCCGUGCGCCACAAGAAAAAUCACAUAAAUUGUUCAGCUGAUUCUUAAGUUUAAAAUUCACUAAAAAUGGCUUUCCUGAACAAAUUUGCCCUUUUCGUCGGAUUUGUAUCGCUUCUGCAUGCUGCCUAUUCUGCCGCACAACAUCGUGCUUACCUGAGAAUUACGGACCAAGAGUUUUCGAAUCUCCCCGUGGAUAUAAUUUUCCAAGCGAUUCUCAGCCUGUUCCUCAUCAUCUACAACAUCCUGCAAGUGGUCGGUGACUUCAAGGAGAUCCGGGCGACGGUCGACCUGCAGGCCAAAUCCUGGGAAACGCUCGGAAACAUUCCGUCGUUCUACACGUUCAACCACCGCGGCAAGGCACUGUCGCCGAUCUACGAGCAGCCCAACCCGACGACGAUGGACCGCUCCGAGUUGAGUGCUUACGAGUGAAUUAUCCACGGGGGGCGUGCAUUUUGACUAUAAUUAAAGUUUUACUAAUUGUAUUUAUUGCUGAAUAAGUAAAUAAAUGUGUGAAAAUUUGAAAA